AUGAGUGCUGACGACAAGGAUCCUCUUUUAGCUGCUUUAAAUGCAGAUGAACAACCUCAAUUGCAACAACCUCAACCACCACAAGCAAAUACGACUCCUACCCCAAGUCAAUCUGUUGAUCCAGAAAGAGAACGUGCUCUUUCCAAAUUCAAAGAUAAACUUCUCGAACACAGAAAAUACGACGCUAGAUUAAAAGAACUCAGAUUGAGUAUACGAGACCUAGAAAAAGAUUUUGAAAAGACUGAAAAUGACAUUAAAGCACUUCAAUCAGUUGGACAAAUCAUUGGAGAAGUUUUAAAACAAUUAGAUGACGAAAGAUUCAUUGUCAAAGCAUCAAGUGGUCCACGUUAUAUUGUUGGAUGUAGAAAUACUAUCAAUAAACUGAAAUUAAAGAAUGGAAUUCGUGUCUCAUUAGAUAUGACAACUUUAACUAUCAUGAGAAUCUUACCUAGAGAAGUUGAUCCUUUGGUUUAUAAUAUGACAACAUUCGAACCUGGAGAAAUCUCUUUCAAUGGAAUUGGUGGGUUGAAUGAACAAAUUAGAGAAUUAAGAGAAGUUAUUGAAUUGCCAUUGAAAAAUCCGGAAUUAUUCACUCGUGUGGGUAUAAAAUCACCAAAAGGGGUUUUAUUAUAUGGACCUCCAGGAACUGGGAAAACCUUAUUAGCAAAAGCCGUUGCCGCCACCAUUGGGGCAAACUUCAUCUUUUCACCAGCUUCUGCAAUUGUUGAUAAAUAUAUUGGUGAAUCAGCUAGAUUGAUUAGGGAAAUGUUUGCAUAUGCCAAAGAACAUGAACCUUGUAUUAUCUUUAUGGAUGAAAUCGAUGCAAUUGGUGGAAGGAGGUUUAGUGAAGGUACCAGUGCUGAUCGUGAAAUUCAAAGAACGUUAAUGGAAUUAUUAAAUCAAAUGGAUGGAUUUGAUUCAUUAGGUCAAACAAAAAUCAUUAUGGCAACUAAUCGUCCUGAUACUUUGGAUCCAGCAUUAUUAAGAGCUGGUAGAUUGGAUAGAAAAAUUGAAAUCAGUUUACCUAAUGAAGCUGGUCGUUUGGAAAUUUUUAAAAUUCAUACUGCCAAAGUAUCGAAACAUGGUGAAUUUGAUUUUGAAGCCUUGGUUAAGAUGAGUGAUGGAUUUAAUGGGGCGGAUAUUAGAAAUGUGGUGACUGAAGCUGGGUUUUUCGCUAUUAGAGAAGAUAGAGAUUAUAUUAUUCAGAACGAUAUGUUGAAGGCAGUUAGAAAGGUUGCUGAUGUUAAGAAAUUGGAAGGGAAAUUAGAUUAUGAAAAGUUGUAG